UUUGCUUUUUCGUGUCCCGCUUAGUUAACGAACUGCAAAAAUAAAUAAAUUCAUUUAUCCCAACGCGUUCUUUGUCUACUGAGUCAAGUUCAUAGAUACUCAACUGCUGCAGAUCCAUCUUCUUAGAUUCGCUUUUGAUACUUAGGGUUUGUGUGUAGUCAUUUUUGAGUUCAAUGAUUGAGAAGAAGAGGGUUCAAGUUCUUCUCUUUCUCGUUGGCCUACUAAUUCUCAGCAUCACCGCUGAAAAAUGUAGGGAGUUGGUUGGUCAAGAGGCUGCAUCAAAGAGUGGGGAAUUUACUUGGUUGCAGUGUUUUGAUGGGAGUACGGGAAGCGUAGCAUGUUUAGUCAAGGAAGGUGUGAAGCUGUAUGCUUAUAACAUCAGAUCCUCUCAUGUGGAGAUAGCAAGGAACUCAGCUAUCGAGAUCGCUCUGGCUGAUGCCAUAUCACAAGGCAUCUCAGCAAAAGAAGCAGCUAAAGUAGCUCAGAAAGAAGGAGCAAAAGCUGCAAAAUUGGCCGUGCGAAAGACGAAGCGUAUUGUUGGUCCGAUAAUUUCUGCAGGAUGGGACUUUUUUGAAGCACUUUAUCUUGGAGGUACACCAACUGAAGGGGCAUUGAGGGGUUCUGGUACCUUGUUUGGCGCCUAUUGGGUUGGUUAUCUCGGGGAGCAGACCAUGGGUAGGUUUGGUUACUUGGUUGGAAGCGAGUUGGGCAGUUGGGUUGGAGGAAAGGUUGGAUUAAUGGUGUAUGAUUUAGUUAAUGGCGUGGAUCAUUUACUUGCAUUUCUCCAACUAAAGGAAAUAGAAGUGGAUAAAACUGUGUAUGAUGAAUUGCAAGGAAACUAUAACCGAANGUACAAGGAAACUAGUUCCGAGGUACCCAAGGACUCAUAUGAUAGUGAAUCAAGUACAUAUUCAAGCUUUGAAGCUCCAGAAGAGUCUAGUAGUUAUGAAGCUCCAGAAGAGUCUAGUAGUUAUGAAGCUCCUGCUUAUGAGGACCCUGAAGUCCAUGAAGAAUUUUAAGACUGGAUGGUUCUUUUGAUAUUAUUAGAUAUCACAUCAUAUGUGUCCUCUGCUCAAUCACAACUUGUACAGGGAGAGGUUGUGUUGUAUUUUGUUAUACGAAACUUUUACCUCAUUCACUUUGUAAAAUGACAGAACAGAAUAAUUGCAUUUUAUGAAUUCGGUGUAGUUUUGGAUGUAUUUCUGAUAACAAAAGCAGGAAUCUCCCUUA